CUCCCAAAAACCUCAAAACCAACCAAAAACAUCAUGUCUCCCUCAAUCAAAUCCUCCACAUCGACCGCCACCCUCUCCGAUGCCUCCUCCACACACAGCGUCUCCUCCACCGCCUCAACAAUCAAAAACCUCACCUCCUCGAGCAAAAAGUGGCUCUCCCGCAAAGACUCCAACGACGAGACCACUAAACCAGCCGAGACUAAGCCCGUCUCGCCUAAGCCCGCCAAAAAGAAGCCGCUCAACCCGUCUACCAACUACACUACUCUUGCUACUUAUUUGUCUUUGAAAUAAGCGCCCAGUUUGGUGCGGACAUACAAGAUAUUCUAUGGGGAGGAGUGGGUGGAUUGGACUAUAACGACAUUAUGCGCGUGCUUUGCAGUGGUAUCUGUUCUUCGCUCGGUUUUGCUUGGGUUUGGCGUUGGGAUAAAAGAUGCUUGGUGGACUGUUGGUAAUAGUGAAGGAUUUCAUUUUUUAAUGUGAUAUACUUAAUCGAAUACUUUUCUUCAUCUUUUAUUGUAGAGAAUAAGGUAUGAAAUACUCCGAA